AUGGCACGCACAUCAUCGCGCACCAAGGCGACAGUCAACUACAACGAAGACACAGAUGGCACCAAGGCCAAGGGUGCUGCGGUGAAAGUGGCUCCCAAGGGCAAAGCUACCGUCGCGAAGCUAAGCAAUGGCAAACGCAAGAUUGAGGAAGAGGAAGAGGAAGAUGAAGACAAGCCCGCUGCGAAGCCCGAACCCAAGAAGCGCAAGACCAAGGCGGCAAAGGACGAAGACGCAACGCCCCUCGCGGAGCGGACACCCAUUCCGUCUCUCGAGAAAGCGAUGUACAUUGGCGCCCACGUCAGCGCAGCAGGUGGCGUGCAGAAUGCAGUUACCAAUGCAGUCCAGAUUGGCGCCAACUCCUUUGCGCUGUUCCUCAAGUCGCAACGGAAAUGGGACAACCCGCCGCUGGCACCCGAGGCACGCGAUGGUUUCAUCUCUGGGUGCCGACACAGCUCAUACGACGCGGCGGCACAUGCCCUCCCCCACGGAUCCUAUCUUGUCAAUCUCGCCCAGGCGGAUGAGACCAAGGCCAACCAGGCCUACAAUGCCUUUGUGGACGAUCUUGCUAGGUGUGAGGAGCUCGGCAUCAAGCUAUACAACUUCCACCCCGGUAACACGGGUGGCGAUACCAAGAAGGAGGCCUGUGGACGGAUUGCGGCGCAGCUGAACAAAUCUCACAAGGCGACAAAGUCUGUCGUGACCGUGCUCGAGAACAUGGCCGGGGGUGGGAAUGUUGUCGGCUCUACUUGGGAGGAUCUCAGGGAUAUUAUCGCCCUGGUCGAGGACAAGAGCCGGGUCGGUGUUUGCAUCGAUACGUGUCACGCCUUUGCGGCGGGCUACGACCUGCGCACACCAGAGACGUUUGAGAAGACGGUGGAGUCAUUCAAUGAGAUUGUCGGGGCAAAGUAUCUCAAAGCAUUUCACUUGAACGACAGCAAGGCCCCCUUUGAAUCCCAUCGCGACCUUCACGCCAAUAUUGGCACGGGAUUCCUGGGUCUUCGCGCUUUCCACAGCGUCAUGAACCACGACGAAUUCCGUGGGAUACCCAUGGUCCUCGAGACACCGAUCGAUAAGAAGGACGAGAAGGGCAAGACAGUGGAGGACAAGCAAGUUUGGGCUGACGAGAUCAAGCUCUUGGAAAGCUUUAUCGGCAUGGACCCCGAAAGCGACGAGUUCAAGAAGCUCGAAACAGAGCUGCAAGCCAAAGGCAAGAGUGAACGAGACAAGAUCCAGGAGCAGGUAGACAAGAAGGCGGCGAAAGACGCAAAGAAAGGCACCAAAGGCAAGAAGAAGAAGGCAGCGGCGUCAGACGACGAGAGCGAUUAG